AUGUUGCCUCGUAGAACCUCCACACUUCGGGAAACUGGUAGCGAUGAGCCUUCACUCAGGUACGGAGCAGACACUCCAGGAUUGACUUCGAUGCGAACAACCUACGUCACCAAUAAAUUCUCGCCGUUCACAAGACAAAUCGUGACGUAUCGAGACAAAAACUCAGGUACUUCUCGUGCACCAUUGAGAACGCCUCCAGCAACUCACUGUCAGACCGUGGCGGAUAUUGAUAUGCCAUUCCCAAGACUGGUUGAGGAAACAUCUACAUCCAGAGCGGCAUGUUCAAGUGGAAUUGUUCGUCUCCCUAUCAACGCAACGCAACAGGGCGGACGAUAUCUGCUUCGAAUACCGCAAAAAAUGAUAUGCGGGAAUCCAGUGUGUCUAGUAGAGUCAGACAUCAACGAAGACGGCUAUUAUCUAGAUUCCAUGGACAAGAAGAGCUUCUACUGCUCGGAGAUAACAUGCUUUUGGCACGGACCAACACAAGCUUCCUUACGGCGGCACAUGAUGAUCACUCACAGCCGAAAUGUUGUCGGCAAUGGAGGACUUCGGGCAUGUGGCGGUCAGACAGUACGUCGGUCUACAAAGCCGAAAGGGGUAAAAUGCAGUGAAUGUGAUGAAAUGGCCUAUUCGCGGCCGUUAUUGUUGCGGCAUAUGACACAGGUUCAUGGAAUUGUUGCGCCGCUGAUUCAUAAAACGUUUUCAGAUCGCGAAAAGCUUCAGAUAUGGUUGGAGCAACUCCGUGAGACUCAUGCCAUCGAGUUCGUCGUUUCGUCUGGAUCCAAGAAGUGGGGUCAAGGCCUCCAGGUACACUACCUUACGUGUUCACGAAGUGGAGAGCAAAAAGAGCGUCCCAACAAGAAGUUCCGGAGGCCAACGCGUCCAUCCAUAAAAUGCGGGAAAAAUUGCAUGGCUUACUUGAAGAUGAAGCAGAAUCCGACCGUCUCUGAGCUAAAGAUUGAAGCCUGCCUUCAUCACAGUGGUCAUGAAAUUGACGCAUCAAAAAUACGGCUGGAACAAAAUGAGUGGUGUCGAGUAAUGCAAGUAAUACGGGAAAUGGAUGAAGGUCUACUGCAGAUUGACUUGCGGCACAUGUCGCGUAAUAAGAAAGUGACCUUCACUAUGAGUAUAGCUCACAGCGUGAAAUAG